ACGUGAGCAGGCGCCUCUCGCUGCCGUGGCGGUCCCUGCGCAGCGCUGAGUGAGGCUCGGCGCUCGCGGCCUGUCCGGGAGCGACUUCUCCCCCAGAACGCGGUGCUGGAGGUAGGGGCGGCUCGCGGUGCCGGCACGGCGGUGCGGAGCUGCGCUUUUGGCGGAGGAAGCGCGUUCGCGAUGAGAAGACGUGAGUAGAGUUUGACAAUGGAGGCAAGAUCCAUAGUCAUUGGUGUGGAGGGAAUGACAUGCCACUCCUGUGUUCAGACCAUUGAACAGCAUGUUGGGAAGAUGAAUGGUAUCCAUAACGUCAAAGUAUCUCUAGAGGAUAAGAAUGCCGUCAUUAUUUAUGACUCAAAAUUACACACUCCAGGAACGCUGCAGGAAGCAAUAUACGACAUGGGGUUUGAUGCUACAUCAGCUGGUUCGAACCCACAACCUGUUCUACCUGACACUAUUUUUCUUACUAUUCCUACUCAGUCAGCUCUAACAUCUAAAGAGCUUCGUAGUACACUACUGAAGAACAAAGGUAUCCUGGAUGUUAAGGUGUCCUCUGAUCAAAAAUCUGCAGUGGUGACUUUCCUUUCUUCCAUUAUAAAUGGCAAGCAGAUUGUCCAAAUGGUCCCAGGAGUAGACUUAAGUAUUUCAGCACCAGAGGUAACUGCAGGAACAUGUGAAGAUCCCAGCUGGUCUCAAACAAGUAGUGUUUUGUUGCGCUUGAAAGUGGAGGGGAUGACCUGUCAUUCCUGCACUAGCACUAUAGAAGGGAGGAUUGGCAAAUUGCAAGGAAUUCAACGGAUUAAAGUGUCCUUGGACAAUCAGGAAGCUGCUGUUGUGUAUCAGCCUCAUCUAAUUACAGCAGAAGAGAUCAAAUGUCAAAUCGAAGCUGCGGGUUUCACAGCGUCCUUCAAAAAGCAGCCUAGACCCCUUAAACUCAAUGCUGUUGACCUGGAAAGGCUGAAGAAUACUCAGACCAAAAGUUCUGACACAGCACCACUGAAAGAAAACACAAGGAAUGUGAAUGAUACAAAGACUGUUGUCUUCAAAAUCGAUGGCAUGCACUGCAGUUCAUGUGUCCUCAAUAUUCAAAGCACCAUAUCAACACUCCCAUCAGUAACAAGUAUAGUUGUUUCAUUAGAGAAUAAAUCUGCUAUUGUAAAAUACAACCCAAACUUAAUAACCGUAGAUGUACUGAGAAGUGCCAUAGAGGCAGUGUCCCCACAGACAUUUAAAGUCAGCCUUCUUGACAAAUAUGAAAAUGUAGCACUUUUCCCUGCACUGGCAUCUCCACUGAAGUCUGUGAAGGAUGCUGGCCAGCCCCUUACUCAAGUCGUCGUGAUAAACAUUGAGGGAAUGACUUGCAGUUCUUGUGUGCAGUCUAUUGAGGGAGUCAUUUCCCAAAAGGCCGGUGUAAGAUCUAUUAAUGUCUCUCUGGCAAAUCAUAAUGGAACUAUAGAAUACGACCCUCUACAAACAUGCCCAGAAGAUUUGCGAUCCUCAAUAGAAAAUAUGGGGUUUGAUGCUUCUUUGCCAGAGAAGACAGAACUCCCUGUGGGAAUAACUCAGCCCACAUCCAAAGAGCAGCUGGAAUCUGCCGAGCCUACCUCCAAGAUGUUACGGAGCUCUGUUGCUGAACAAGAGUCCAAGAGCUUGUCCAAGUGCUACAUCCAAGUCACAGGAAUGACAUGUGCUUCGUGUGUAGCCAACAUUGAGAGAAAUUUAAGAAGAGAAGAUGGAAUACAUUCAGUACUUGUUGCCCUAAUGGCAGGGAAGGCAGAAGUGAGGUAUAAUCCUGCUGUCAUACACCCUUCAGCUAUUGCAGAGCUCAUACGGGAACUGGGGUUUGGAGCUACUGUGAUGGAAAACAGCGGUGAAGGAGAUGGAAUUUUGGAUCUUGUUGUGAGAGGAAUGACAUCUGCUGCUUGUGUGCACAAAAUAGAAUCCACCCUUAUGAAGACUAAUGGUGUUUUAUACUGCUCAGUAGCUCUUGCAACCAACAAAGCACACAUUAAAUAUGAUCCUGAGAUUAUAGGUCCUCGAGAUAUUAUACAAGUGAUAAAGGAUUUAGAUUUCACAACUGCUUUAGUGAAAAAAGAUAGAUCUGCUAGUCAUCUAGAUCACAGACAGGAAAUAAGGCAGUGGAGAAGGUCUUUUUUUGUGAGUCUGGUUUUCUGUAUUCCUGUCAUGGCGAUGAUGAUUUACAUGAUGGUUGUGGACAGUCAACUCUCAGAUGCUCACCAACAUCUCAACAUGAGUAAUGAGGAAAUGGAGGCCAUUCACUCGUCUAUGUUCUUGGAACACCAGCUCCUGCCAGGACUGUCUGUUAUGAAUUUUCUGUCAUUCUUACUCUGUGUCCCUGUACAGAUAUUUGGAGGCUGGCACUUCUAUAUACAGGCAUACAAAGCACUGAAGCACAGAACUGCAAACAUGGAUGUGCUCAUUGUUCUGGCAACCUCCGUUGCGUUCGUCUACUCAUUUGUUAUUCUUCUAGUUGCAAUGGCUGAGAAAGCAAAAGUAAACCCUGUGACUUUCUUUGACACACCUCCCAUGCUGCUGGCGUUCAUCUCGUUGGGCCGGUGGCUGGAGCAUGUUGCAAAGGGUAAAACAUCAGAAGCGCUGGCAAGACUAAUUUCAUUACAAGCUACUGAAGCAACUAUUGUUACCUUGGGCCCUGAUAACAUUCUCUUAAGUGAAGAGCAAGUUGAUGUUGAACUGGUUCAGCGAGGUGACAUUGUCAAGGUGGUGCCGGGAGGCAAAUUCCCAGUGGAUGGUCGUGUUAUUGAAGGACACUCUAUGGUAGAUGAAUCUCUUAUCACAGGUGAAGCGAUGCCUGUGACUAAAAAGCCUGGCAACACAGUCAUUGCUGGUUCCAUUAAUCAGAAUGGAUUGCUGCUGAUUUCAGCAACCCAUGUUGGAGCUGACACAACUCUCUCACAGAUUGUUAAACUUGUGGAGGAGGCCCAGACCUCGAAGGCUCCUAUACAACAAUUUGCAGACAAAAUUAGUGGCUACUUUGUUCCUUUCAUUGUGGUUGUCUCCGUGAUUACCCUCUUUGCCUGGAUUAUAAUUGGAUUUGUGGAUUUCGAAAUAGUAGAAAAAUAUUUUCUGGGUUACAAUAAGAGCAUUUCUGCAGCUGAAGUGAUAAUCCGCUUUGCAUUCCAAGCCUCUAUCACAGUCUUGUGCAUUGCGUGCCCCUGUUCCUUGGGAUUAGCAACCCCAACAGCUGUGAUGGUUGGUACUGGAGUAGGAGCUCAGAAUGGCAUACUGAUCAAAGGAGGAGAACCAUUAGAGAUGGCACAUAAGGUAAAUGUGGUUGUAUUUGACAAAACGGGUACAAUUACUCAUGGAACUCCAGAAGUGAUGCGUGUGAAAUACCUAGUGGAGAAUAAUCGACUGCCACAUAACAAAAUGCUGGCAAUUGUGGGAACUGCGGAGAGUAAUAGUGAACAUCCUCUUGGAGCAGCAAUAACAAAAUACUGCAAAAAGGAGCUGGGUUCAGAAAUCCUUGGGACAUGUACAGAUUUUCAAGUAGUACCAGGCUGUGGCAUUAGCUGUAAAGUCACCAAUAUAGAACCAUUGCUCUACAGAAAAAAUAAAAUGGUUGAAGAAAACAAUAUUAAAAAUGUGACCCUUGUAAAAGUUGAGGAACACAUGGAGGAAUCAGUGCAGCCUGCUCUGAUUAUUGAUGCUGACUUACCAACUGCAGUUACUUCUCAAAAAUACUCUGUUCUCAUUGGUAACCGGGAAUGGAUGAAUAGAAAUGGCCUUCUUGUUAAAAAUGACGUUGACAAAGCCAUGAUUGAGCAUGAGAGGAGAGGUCGCACAGCAGUUCUCGUAGCUGUUGAUGGAGUGCUGUGUGGCUUGAUAGCUAUUGCUGAUACUGUAAAACCAGAAGCUGAGUUGGCAGUCUACACUUUGAAGAAUAUGGGUUUAGAAGUUGUUCUGAUGACUGGUGACAACAGCAAAACAGCAAGAUCCAUUGCCUCUCAGGUUGGCAUCUCUAAAGUGUUUGCAGAGGUUCUUCCCUCUCAUAAAGUGGCCAAAGUGAAACAGUUACAGGAUGAAGGAAAACGAGUGGCCAUGGUUGGAGAUGGUAUCAAUGACUCCCCAGCACUUGCUAUGGCUAAUGUGGGAAUUGCUAUUGGCACGGGUACUGAUGUAGCUAUUGAGGCAGCUGAUGUGGUUCUCAUUAAGGAUGACUUGAUGGAUGUGGUAGCAAGUAUUGAUUUAUCAAGGAAGACUGUCAAAAGGAUCCGGAUCAACUUUGUCUUUGCUCUAAUUUAUAAUCUUGUUGGAGUUCCCAUAGCUGCUGGUGUGUUCUUGCCUGUCGGUCUGGUUUUGCAGCCCUGGAUGGGGUCUGCAGCAAUGGCUGCCUCCUCUGUUUCUGUUGUGCUUUCUUCUUUGCUGCUAAAGAUGUACCAGAAGCCAAGUUCUGAGAAACUCGAGUUCCGGGCCCGGGGCCAAAUGAAGCAGAAGAGCCCAUCAGAAAUCAGUGUCCAUAUUGGAAUCGAUGAGACUGGGACAGGCACUCGUAAGCUGAGUUUAAUGGAUCGAAUCAUCAAUUACAGUAGAGCCUCUAUAAAUUCUCUCUUUUCCGAUAAGCGGUCAGUGAACAGCAUAGUUCUUAAUGAACCAGAUAAGCAUUCACUGUUGGUGGGAGAUUUUGGAGAAGAUGAUGACACGACGUUAUGAAAGACUCCCUUCCCCCAAAAGGAAAAGAGAAAGGAAGAAACAAAAUGGAAAAGUAAUCGAAACAACCUAAGAACUGCCUACAAGCUUGUGCAAGCAAAGAUCACUUCUGGAUGUUGUUACGGAUGCUUUUCUGCCUUUCUAGGGUUUAAUUUUUAUCUAUACAGGUAUUUCUUCUUUACUGUAGAAAAUAAGUUUAUUUCUAGUGGCCUUCUAGUGUACUUCUUUAUAAACUAGACUUAACAAAAAAAAAUGAGGCAGAAGCUUGCAAACAGAGCUGUGUUUACAUGAAGCUUGAAGUGCAGCAUCUUUUGGCAGAAUGUCAAAAUACAAUUAAGGAAACUAAAGAGCCAGAAAUGUGUGUUCCAGCCUUUUAACGGGUCUCUUUAUACACAGUCAAGUUUAAUACUGUGUUUAAAAAAAGUUACAAAUUACUGUGUUUCUAAAAUACUGAGAGUUCUGUGUUUGCAGAUAGAUGUGCCUUACUUAAAAGCUUCUAGGACUGCUCUUGUUCCCAUAACCUGCAUUGUACCAGAAAUCAUUCCUCUCGAAUGCCACCGUCUCUUUCAUAAACGUCUGGUUCCAACUUUUCUUGCUCUUCGUUUCAAAACAUCUCUGUUGGACAGAUGAGUGGGAGAUUCAGUGAUUGCUUCCUAACAUCAUACCCAGGUUUAACACUAUACAUCCUUGCCCCGGUACACUCCUACAAAGAUUGUGUGUUUGAAGAUUGACUGGGCUGGGAGGUUUGCUCUUUCUCAGCUCACAAUCUCUUGCAACAAAUAUCUGAGCAUAUGAACGUGAUGUGCCGUUCGCUGAAACGCUUAGCUUUUAAAAAGGCAGCAAUGUAGCCAGGGCUUACUGCCAAAACCAACUAGCACUCCUUAAACAAGCCAGGAUAGUUUGGUGUCACACAGACGAGCUUUAAAAUAUUUACAGUUCAGUCUCUGGGGAUAUCUGACCUCAUCAAAGAAUUUACUAUUUUUCAGAUACUGCACUAACACCAGUUGCCUGUAGAGAUAAGUGGGCCAGGAAUGGUCCAGAAUCCGCUCCAUUGAUCCAAACCUUUUUUAGUUUGGGAUAUUCAGAUUCAGGCUUUGUGAAUUAAGACCAACUUCAUUUGUUAUAGAACUGAAAUCUCAAAAUGCAGGUUUUGAUCAUUUAAUCAUGAAUAUUAAAAUUAAAAAUAUUCUCAAUGAGAACUAAAGUUGGUGUUCAUCACCCAGUAGCUAGCUACCUAUUUGGUACUUAGUAAACCUUGUUUUUAAAUCCUGUGCUGAGACAGCAAUCUAAAACAAUUAUUAAGUUCAAUACAGUUGAAUUCAAUCAUAGGAUACAAUGAAUGGUGUAAACAUGUAAUUCCAAAUAGUGCCACUAGAAAUGUAGUAUCCAAUUCAGAACAGGACAGGGAUCUCUGUAAUGGUCUAAUUUUUAACUUAGUCUGGUGUGAAUGCAUAGAUUGUGCAUGUUAGAAGUCAAAAGCUUUUUUAUUUUAUUUUUUUUUAACUACCAGGAAAAACACCAGUGUGUAAAAACAACAGUAAGAACUGUGCUGUGGGUUACGUUGUUCCUGGAUCGGUAUUCUUUGUUAUAUUGCGGCGAGGACAGCAAAAUUUAUUGCUGCCACUGAUUUAAGAAACAAAAUGUUUGUGUUUCAGAAUUAGGCUCUUAACGUCUCUACGUGAGUACAGGUUUUCACUUCCAUUAGGUUGUAUGUGUAUGUUGUGUUAAGAAGUUCUGAGAUGCACUACUGCAAAGCCAUUCCAUGAGAUGUUUUUCUCAGUUUUCAGCAACAAAGCUAUUUCUUUCAGAGUGGAUACUUACCUAAAGGCCAGCAGAAUGCUCUCAAGCAGCUUUUUGUGCUUUAAAGCUGUAUAAACUGUUUCCAAAGAUUUCAGUUGUCUUGUUAAUCCAUGUUCAUUCUCAGUGUUGUUUCACCUGAAGAAUCUUGCUGAGAACAAGGAAUGUUUUGCACAUUAUUGUCGUCUGAGUUUUGCUGAUAACUGGUCAUCUAAAUCACACAAAGAAUACACAAGACAGAUCCUGACGUUCUUUCAGGUGAGUUUCACUGCUGCAGGUGCUGCUCCAGCCCCUGCUAUGGUGCAUGUGGUCUGUAAGUGACAGACAUCAUGCUCUUACUGCAGGAGAUACAGUAGUUACACAGGGUCACGUUCCUGCUCGGUAGAUAAAGCAGCAUGAGAAAUUUGUUCCAUUCUUUCAAAACAUAUCUUUAGAAUUGGUAUGGGUAGAAACCAAGCUGCUGAAAGAAGCUUACAUGAAGUGAUGCCUCUAGCUAACAGCACUGGUCAGGGCUGAGCCUGGAGGUCCUUUUCAAUCCAGUUUUCCUCCGUAAGAAAACCUGUCUGUAAAUGUCUUUGAGCUUGAAUUUAGUACAUGGUGCAUUUGAGCGUCGCAUAGCUGAUUAAGGAAUGCAGAGUCCCGGUCUUUGAGAACAGUUUGUCUGUCCAGUCCUGCUUCCCACUCGCCUAAUGUGUGAUACUGACUCGCAGAAAGCUUGUCUUGUGAUUAAAAUGUCUUAUAAGGUGCUUUACAGUGAAGAACCAAAAUAUUUUUCAGUUUGAAUGUACAGUGCAAGUGAAAUAAUGUGGGAGGUAAAUGUUUUCUUAAAUGUAAAUGUUUUCAUAUGUAAGUCCCUUACUCCUCUUGUACACUGUUUGAACUCAAGAAUUUAAAAUAUCUCUUGGAAACGUAGUUACAAAUGGAAUUAUGUAUUACUCGUUUGUUUUGUUUUCUGUCACUAUUUAUAAAACCUGUUUUAUUUAAAUACACAUAUAUAUACACUUAAGGCUUUAAACAUCACUCCGAAUCUUACCGAUAAACUUUUAAAAGUGUAGACACUUGAAAUUUUAAAUGAAGCAGAAUGUGAAGCUGGCAGAACACAGUGAAAGCAAGCAGUUUUAUUUAUUACAGAUGUUGCUUAAAACAAGUUCCAUCCUAAUGCUUUAAACUUGAAUGGAGAAAAGAACGCUAUUAUGGAAUGUUAAUUUAGUACUGUUACAUUUCUUUGUAUUGAGAAAAAGGCAGUUUCGUAAUUCCUAUUCUUUUAAGAUUGUGCCUCCAUCAUUAGAGUGAUAAUUAUAAACUGUAUAAUAAAAACUGUAACUUCCAGCAA